AUUUUUUUGUUUAGUAAACAGCUUGGAAUCAGAAUAAUGUCUUUCUGGUUGUUUCUUUUAUUACUGCAACAAGUAUCAUCUCAAAAUUUUGGUUCUCUUUCUCCUCUUCCGAAUUCUGGUGUCAGAUUGUUUCUUGGUGAGGAGAAUAUUACUAUUGCUAAUUUCUCAAUGAUAGCUGCUGGCCUGUUUCAUGAUAUAGAUGUUGAUAGUCCUGAUGGUAAUGCUACUAAUAAUCCUAUUAGUGCUGAUGGUCAGAAUGAUGGUUUGUGGUGUCAGAGUUCUCUUAAUCAAAAUAUGAUAGGAACAUGGUAUUAUCCUGAUGGAACAACUGUACCAUUGGGAUUUGGUAGUCCCUUGUUUGCUAACAACACUGCUACUGGUCAAAUUGGUUUGUUAAGAAAUGGAGGAAUAGACAUUCAAGGACUGUACAGCUGUGUUAUACCAAAUGAAGAAGGAAUUAAUCAGACACUGUAUGUUGCUGCUUAUGGUAAUACUGAUUUUAUUAGAAAUGAUGAACUUCCAGUUAUUGAUAGCAGUAGUCCUUCCUUCCAGCUCCUCUCAUCAGUUGAUGCUGAUCCUCCAGUGUUUAGUUUGUCAUUUAAUGUCACUAAUAGAUCACCAACAAUAGUCACUUGCUCUGUUGAUAAUGGAAACCAGUUUAAUGUAUCUGAUAAUGACCUGAUACAUACUGCAGCAACAGUUAAUAAUGAUGUACAAGUACAAGUACUAGUAACAUUUAGAAUGAGAAUGUCUGGUCUUUUUAAAUGUUCUGCUAGUACUGACAGAAUUACAACCACACCUUUAGUAUCUACUACUAUGGCAAUGAGGAAUAUUAGUGUAACUGGAUCUCCAUCAAACUUGACCUACAGCAGAGACAGUCUUUUCUCAGUUACACUAGGUUGGUCUCCCUCAGCAGUGAUUAGUGCUACUCCUCAGUAUCAUGUCUUUGUUAAUAACAGUAAUAAUGUUAUUUUAAGUGACUCCACUUUGACUCUCUCAUUACGUCCUGAUGAUGAAUAUAAUAUUGGACUAGUAGCUACUGGUGAAGACUUACCUGGUGAAAUAAUCACUGUCACUGUUUCUCAAGAUGAAAAAGACAUAUUUUUAGAUACUUUAGAGCCUACAAUGAUAUCAGUUAAUGAUAGUGUUGUACAUACACUUAUUCUUAACUUCAGUUCAUUAAAAGUAUCACAAGCCGGAGAUUAUGUUUGUGGAGCUCUAUUGAAUGAUGGGGCUGGUACUAUUAGCAUAACAUCAAAUUAUUCUGUGUCCAUACAAGGGUUUGAUUUCAAUCACGUUGAUAUAAGUAUCAAUAUUUCUUCUGUUCCUGUUGCUGGUAAUACAUUCAACUUAUCUUGUGUUAUACUUGUACCUCCUAAUUUUGUUGAGGAUCUUAUUAGUGUCAGAUGGACUUAUGAUUUAGAAGCAUCUCAAGAUGUGACUAGUGAAAACAAUGAUGCUACACUAGUACCUGUUGUUAGAAAUGGAAAUAUAUUCACCAGUGUACUUACACUUGAUCCAGUCAAAACAAGUGAUGCUGGACAAUAUUACUGUCAAACAACAAUUAAUGUAUUCAACUAUGUAGAUUAUACUGACAUAGAUUUAACUGUUCAAACAUCUCCUCCCAGUGUAUCAAUAGUAGCUGAUCCUCCAACUGGCCCAAUAUAUGAGAGUACAAGUUACUUACUAACCUGUACAGCUACAGUAAACACUACAAUAGUGAAUACACCAGUAACUGCUAGUGUAGUAUGGACUGAUCCUAGUGGUAAUGUAAUACCAACUAAUGAAACAAGACGUCAAGUGAUACCUCCAACUGGUAACAGUCUUGUUAGCAUGCUAUUGUUUCAACCUAUUGAUACUGGUCUUAAUAAUGAUGGAGGAGCAUAUACCUGUCAAAUGAUCAUCAAUUUGAAUAACUCGUUAAUAACAUUAAGUCAACCUACUAAUACUACCUUUGAUGUUGCUGUUGAAAGUCUUCCUCUGAUGACAGUAAAUUUCUCAUCAGUUGGUUCAGUUGAAGUUGGUCAGAAUCUAACUAUAACAUGUACCAUAACAGCAGUUGAGAGAUUGGUAGUAACACCAUCGAUUACUUUCAUAAAAACAAAUAAUACAGACAUGGAAAUGCUCUCUGACUUAAAUAGACCGUACACUAUCACAACAGAUGGCACUGGUUCAGUUACUAACUAUACUCUAAUACUGGAUCCAGUGAGGUUUGAAGAUUCUGGAAUGUAUACAUGUAUGGCUGAGUUUAAUGUAACUGGUUUUAAUAAUACCUAUGAUUCUAGCACUGCUACUUAUGAUUAUCAAGAGGCUAGUCAUGUCUUUAACCUACUAAUAAAAUUGCCUCCUUUCAGCGUAUCGAUAGUUGCUGAUCCUCCAACUGGUCCAAUAUAUGAGAGUACAAGUUACUUUCUAACCUGUACAGCUACAGUAAACACUACAAUAGUGGAUACACCAGUAACUGCUAGUGUAGUAUGGACUGAUCCUAGUGGUAAUGUAAUACCAACUAAUGAAACAAGACGUCAAGUGAUACCUCCAACUGGUAACAGUCUUGUAAGCAUGCUAUUGUUUCAACCUAUUGAUACUGGUCUUAGUAAUGAUGGAGGAACAUAUACCUGCCAAAUGAUCAUCAAUUUUAGUAACUCAAUAGUAACAUUAAGGCAACCUACUAAUGCUACCCUUGAUGUUACUGUUGAAAGUCUUCCUCCAAUGACAGUAAAUUUCUCAUCAGUUGGUUCAGUUGAAGUUGGUCAGAGUCUAACUAUAACAUGUACCAUAAUAACAGUUGAGAGAUUAGUAGUAACACCAUGGAUUGCUUUCAUGAAAAUGAAUGAUACAGAUAUGGAAAUGCUCUUUAACUUAAAUAGACCAUACACUAUCACAACAGAUGAUACUGGUUCAGUUAUCAACUAUACUCUAAUACUCGAUCCAGUGAGGUUUGAAGAUGAUGGAAUGUAUACAUGUAUGGCUGAGUUUAAUGUAACUGGUUUCAAUAAUACCAAUGAUCCUAACACUGCUACUUAUGAUUAUCAAGAGGCUAGUGAUGUGUUUACAUUGAUUGUUAACUGUACCAUUCUACCCUUUGUAGCUACAUCUGUAACAACUAUUCCGGGAACAACAAGUGCUAAUAUAUCCUUUAUUAUACCAAAAACUUCUUAUGCAAUUGAAAUUUAUAGCAUCAGUUAUACUGGACAAUAUUUUCAGGCAACACAAGCAGUUUCAAUGACUAGGAUGAGUUCUAGCUUUGUUAAUAAACCUAUCACAAUAAUGUUGACUGGUCUUGAGGAAGACAAUGUUUAUCAGUUUACAGUUGAUUCUAGCAACUGUUUAGGUACAACCCAAACUGGAGUGUUAAAUUUUACUACACUGCCGGCAUCACCAGUUGCUUCUCCAGUGGAUUGUGCUAAUAUAACAUUUUUAUCAUAUAAUGUCACACUUGCCUGGACUGCACCAGCACUAAUAGAUCAAAAUGGAGCACCAGUUGGUUAUAAUUUAACAUGCAUGAAUACUAAAGGUGUAUCAGUUAAUGGAUUGAGCCCAACACAAACUUCAAUGAACACAAUGUUCACUAUUACUGAUGUUAUGCCUUUUACUGGUUACACUUGUGAUCUGUCAUUCAUUAAUGUAGUAGGAGAAGGACCAUUUACCCAGUGUGCAUUUGAAACAGCUCAAGAUACACCUAAUGAUGGACCACAGAACUUUGUUUCUUCCCCAACAAUGACAACAGUUACAUUUAUGUGGAGCAAACCAUCAAUACCUAAUGGAAUAAUCACUGAGUAUAAACUCAGGGUUGCAAACGUUGAGACAAAUAAUGAUACAGUUCGCAGCAUACCUGUACCUCCUGGUCAAAUUGAUAUAAUGUACACUGUUGAUAUGAAAGGAUUCUUCAGUGCUUAUAAUAAUUACACUGCCACUGUCACUGCUAGUACUGUCAUUGGGUUUGGGCCCAUAUCUACUACUAGGGGAAGGACACUACCAGACAUGUCUAGUCCUCCACUAUUAAAUACAAGGAGUUUUACUAUAUCAAAUACAGAAUUCACUACAAUAGAAUCAAUUGAUAAUCACACCAUUAAUGUUACAUGGUUUCCUCCUACUACACCAAAUGGACAGAUUAUGAACUAUACUAUUGAUGUUAAUGAAUAUAGUGGAGCUAAAUUAUUAAGACGUACAGUGACUGAUGUUAACAAGGAUAAGUUUACUGAUUUAAUUUAUAAUACAAUGUUAACCCCUGGUGUACCAUAUACUAUCACUCUGGUUGCUUAUAAUGAAUUUGGUAGAGGAAUGCCAAUUGAAGUCACUGUCUUUACUAAAAUUUUGACUCCUAGUGUAUCUCCAUCAGGCAUUACAGUGAUCAGAUCUGCUGAUGGUAAAAAUGUGACAAUAACAUGGAAUCGUAUUACUUUGAAAGAAGCUCGUGGCUUCUUUGAAUAUACAAUAAGACUAUCAACAAAAUCCAGCAGAAAGAGACAGACAGGAGAGUUAGCAUACAGAGUUCCUUACACAGAUACCAGUUAUACAGCUACUGGUCUUAAUGGCCAGGCUGCUUAUGCUGUAUCAAUGGGUCUGUCUGUUGAUGAUGGGCUUGGUCAGGGACCUAUUGCUGGACCUACUAGCAAUCCUAUUGAGAUAGCCUCCCCAGAUCCCUAUACUUGUAUCAUGGAAACCACAGUCAGUACUGAUCGUGGUAUGUUUGAAUGGCCAGUUACAGCAUUAGGCAGUACAGCAAAUGUGUCAUGUCCUAAUGGUCCUACUGGAGCUGUUGCAACUAGAAGAUGUGUUACUAAUAGCACAUGGGAAUCACCUAACAUAACAUCCUGUGCAACCACUGAGGUAUCUCGUGAAUUUAGAAACAUAUCAAAAAUAAAUAUUACUACUGACAAUGUAGUAACAGUAUCUGAGAACCUAACUAAUCUAGUGGUCAGUACUACUGAUACUGCUGAUCAGAAUACUGACAACAUUGAAGUAGUGUCUACCAUAUUAAACCAAACAGCAAGACUGCUAUCAGAUCCUAUGAUAGUCAUGAGCCUGUCAUCAUCAGAACUGUCAAUGACAACAGAGAACACUGUACAAAUACUAGACAGCAUAGAGGAAUGGUCACCAAAUGUGUUAGAGACAGAAUCUAACAACAUUAUCAAUUCUUUUGAGAGAAUUGUGGAUGCAUUAAUAAAUCAAGAUAAUUUUACUAAUAUAACAAUUAUAGAAGAUGACAUUGCUUUAAAAGGAGAAAGAUUUCAACAAUCAGAAUUUAGUGGAAUAGUAUUUACUGCAGUCUCUUCUGGUAGAGUAUAAUUUUUAGAUAAUGAGAUUGUAUUCUUUAUGCUUUAUUGUGUUAUUUUGAAACCAAAUUUACUCA